CUGGCGACCCGACCCGGCAGAAACCACCUCGACAGCCUCCAGAAAGGGGCGUGGCCGAAAAUGUAGGGGCGUGGCCACGUGGGCAUCAGGAAGAAGUAACCUAUUGAAUCUAUUUCUGCUCCCCACCCUUACUGCUUCCCAUAAGGGGGAAGCCGCAGACUAAUAAGCCUCUUCCAAAAAAGAGGUAAAGGGAGGUAGACAAGGGGCGGCGGCGGAGGCUGGCUACUGCAUUCCGUAGGAGGAGCCAACAGUUACUUUUUACCUGCUGAGUCCGGUGAACCAGUUCAUGGGGGCGGGGACCUGCAUAUGAGAAAAGGGCCAGGAUAGAAGGGGUAUUUAUUUGUUCAUUUUGAGGACUAAAUUUAGAACCCAUCAUCUACAGACCGAUUUGUAGGUUGUGUCUGGGGCACUCGCUCGGCCUCAGGAAGAGGGAAGAACGGGGACGACUUUGUGGCAGCAAAGCCACCUCCCUUCCGUGUUUUCCGUAGCCCAAAGCGAUAGAACCGCAUGGCUUCCGCAGUCUGGGGGAGUGCCCCCUGGUGGGGCCCGCCGCCCCCGGCCCCAGCUCGGCCGCUCACGGACAUCGACUUCUGCUCCGGGGCGCAGCUGCAGGAAUUGACCCAGCUGAUCCAGGAGCUGGGUGUGCAGCAGAGCUGGAGUGACGGGCCCAAGCCGGGAGCCGAUCUCCUCCGGGCCAAGGACUUUGUCUUCUCUUUGCUUGGUCUAGUUCACCACCGGGACCCUCGCUUUCCUCCCCAGGCAGAGCUCUUGCUGCUUCGUGGUGGGAUUCGCGAGGGCUCCCUGGAUCUGGGGCAUGCACCCCUGGGUCCCUACGCCCGGGGACCUCACUACGAUGCCGGCUUCACACUCCUAGUGCCCAUGUUUUCACUGGACGGCACUGAACUGCAACUGGACCUGGAAUCCUGUUACGCACAGGUCUGCCUCCCAGAGAUGGUGUGCGGAACCCCCAUCCGGGAGAUGUGGCAGGAUUGCUUAGGACCCCCAGUCCCAGGAGCACGUGAUUCGAUCCACCGAACGGAGAGCGAAGAAAGUUCCAAGGACUGGCAAAGCUCUGUGGACCAGCCGCACAGCUACGUCACUGAGCACGAGGCGCCAGUGUCUUUGGAAAAAUCACAUAGUGACGUUUCAGCGUCCGAGUCGCCUCAGCAUGACGUCGUCGACCUUGGCUCUACCGCACCUUUGAAAACAAUGAGUAGUGACGUCACCAAGGCAGCCGUCGAAAGCCCAGUCCCAAAGCCGUCGGAGGCUCGGGAAGCGUGGCCCACAUUAUGUUCCGCCCAGGUGGCUGCCUGGUUCUUUGCUACGCUGGCGGCGGUCGCCGAGUCUCUGAUCCCUGUCCCGGGUGCUCCGCGUCUGGUGCACGCAGCUCGCCACGCGGGUUUCACCACCGUCCUCCUGGCUACCCCUGAGCCCCCUCGCCGCCUCCUGCUCUUCGACCUGAUCCCAGUGGUGUCCGUGGCGGGCUGGCCCGAGGGGGCUCGGAGCCACUCGUGGGCUGGUCCGCUGGCCUCUGAGUCGGCUUCCUUCUACCUGGUGCCCGGUGGCGGCACCGAGCGGCCGUGCGCCUCCGCCUGGCAGCUCUGUUUUGCCCGCCAGGAGCUGGCGCUCAAAGCGCGCAUACCAGCGCCGCUGCUGCAGGCGCACGCGGCGGCCCAGGCGCUACUGCGCCCGCUGGUGGCCGGGACCCGGGCGGCGGCGCCCUACCUCCUGCGGACGCUGCUGUACUGGGCGUGCGAGCGGCUGCCUGCGCUCUACCUGGCGCGGCCAGAAAAUGCGGGCGCCUGCUGCCUCGGGCUGCUAGACGAGCUGGGCCGAGUGCUCGAGGCCGGGACGUUGCCUCACUAUUUUCUGAACGGCCGACAGCUCCGUACGGGGGACGACUCCGCUGCGCUGCUCGGAGAAUUGGCCCGGCUCCGCGGGGACCCAGCCCGGGCCCUCCGUGCCGCGGUGGAGGAGGCCAAAGUGGCCCGCAAGGGGGGCGGUUUGGCUGGCCUGGGGGGCGGGGCCCAUUAAAGACGCUGUUCCUACCA